ACAAGAAAGUAAACAUAGAAAUUACAUGUCAGACCUAUGAUCUGGUGUCAUACACAAUUUUAUUUUUUCUGAUUUAUCUAAUAAUGCUCUUCUUUUAGAUAUUCGUGAAUAAUAUUACUCAUAUACUAAUUAUUACACAAUGUUAAGCUACACUAUUUUAGAAACUGACAAAAUACCAAAUGUCCUAAGAGAUAAACCACGAUGGGUGACUUUUGUGGCCCUUGCUGCUACCACAUUGGCUCUCACCAUUGCAGCAGUGGGCAUUGGUAUAUUCAUCGGUUACACAUACUGUUACCUCGAACAUCGUUCCGGAUUUAAACAAGGUAACUUCACACAGUCGACCAACUUACAAAUUCUCCACCUGCCUUUUAUGGACUCGAGUAGAAUUAAAAAUAACAAGACUAUCAACGGGGCACUAAUGUCCAGCGUUAUUGUUUCGAGAAUUCUGAAUAUUGGACAUGCAUUACUUGAAGACGAGCUAUCACAUUUUUCAUGAUCAUUCGAGAAAUCUGUCCACAAAUAUUGCGAAUAAAAUGUUUAAAAACGUAGACUGAAGAAUUUUACAAAUCUCUUCAUUCAUUUCCGGGAGGUAACAAUUUAAAGAAUAAUGGAGUGGCAAACAAGCUGACGGUCCAUUCUGAUGGUAAUGGCCUAUAUACAUUAUGAUA